AUUAUUGUAAAUAAUUAACUGUGUGAUCCAAGUGAGGGCAAAAGAAGGAGGUGGAGUAGGAGGGGGAGAUGAAAGGUGGGACUGGCGGUGGUGGAAUUGCUCUCGAGAAGCGCCGAUGGAGGGGUCUGGCCAUUGCUGUCCUCUUCCUUGUCGUCCUCUCAAUGCUUGUUCCUCUUGGAUUUUUGCUUGGCCUACACAAUGGCUUUCACUCUGCAGGAAAUAUGGCUCUUCAACACCCUUCACCUUCGGGGGAUCGCUCAAGGCAUAUAGAUAAUCUUGUGAGAAAAUUAGGACCUACUCUACCAAAGGAUAUUCUUAGAGGACAUGUAAAUGAAGCUAAAAAUGAAACUAGCAGUAGAAAUGCCACACCCAAAUUUCAGCAGCAAAAAGGCAUUCCAAUUCCGCCUCAAGUUGUUAUGCAACCAGUUACCGGAAAAAAUACUAGUAACGUUAAUGGGAAAGCAAGAACAAAGGCUGGUCCUGAUGAAAGUGGGGGAUUAUGUGAGUUGAAAUAUGGGAGCUACUGCAUUUGGCAUGAAGAAAAUGUGGAAGCAAUGCAAGAUUCCAUGGUGAAGAAAUUGAAGGAUCAACUUUUUGUGGCUAGGGCAUAUUUUCCUAGUGUUGCAAAAAUGCCAACCCAGAACAAGUUGUCUGUUGAACUGAAACAAAAUAUUCAAGAAUUUGAGCGUGUCCUUAGUGAAAUUACAACAGAUGUUGAUCUUCCUCGAGAGAUUCAGAAGAAGUCACAAAGGAUGGAAGCUGCAAUAGCAAAGGCCAAAUCAGUUACUUCGGAUUGUAAUAAUGUUGACAAGAAAUUGAGACAAAUAUUUGACUUGACCGAGGAUGAAGCUAACUUCCACAUGAAGCAGGGUGCCUUUCUGUAUCAACUUGCAGUCCAGACAAUUCCCAAGAGCCUGCACUGCCUGUCUAUGAGGCUAACUGUGGAAUAUUUCAGAGACCAUUCAUUUGAUAAGGAGCUGUCUGAGAAAUAUUCUGAUCCUACAUUGCGACAUUAUGUUCUAUUCUCCAAUAAUGUCAUUGCAUCAUCAGUUGUAGUAAACUCAACUGUUAUGCAUGCAAAAGACAGUUUAAACCAGGUUUUUCAUGUGCUAACUGAUGGACAGAAUUACUAUGCAAUGAAACUUUGGUACCUCAAGAAUACUUUCAAGGAUGCUGUUGUUCAGGUGUUGAAUAUUGAAGAUCUUAAUCCAGAUUAUUAUGAUAAAGCAACUCUAUCUCACCUGACAUUACCUGUAGAGUUUCGAGUUUCCUUUCACACCAAGGAUAAUGCACCAGUAAUACAUAAUCAUGUAUCUACUUUUUCUCAUUUUCAUUAUCUUCUUCCUAAGAUAUUCAGAAACUUGGAGAAAGUUGUGGUUCUGGAUGAGGAUGUUGUUGUUCAGAAAGACUUGUCAGCACUAUGGAGCCUCAACAUGGGAGGGAAAGUGAUUGGUGCUGUACAAACUUGCUCGGUGAGAAUGCAUCAGCUGCGGAGUUAUUUGGAUGAACACAGAUUCAAAAAAGAUUCGUGUUCUUGGAUGUCAGGAUUGAAUGUAAUUGAUCUGGCCAGGUGGAGAGACCUACACAUCUCUAAAACUUACUGGAAGUUGGUGAAAGAGGUCAGCAUGAAAGAGGGUUCGGCUUUGCUUGCAAGCUUGCUUACUUUUCAGGACCAAAUAUAUCCUCUUGACAGCAGGUGGGUUGUAUCGGGCCUUGGUCAUGACUAUGGACUUGAUAUCGAAGGCAUCAAGAAAGCUGCAGUGUUGCACUACAAUGGAAAUAUGAAACCUUGGCUUGAGCUGGGAAUUCCAAAAUACAAGGCGUACUGGAAGAAGUUUCUGAGCCAUGAUGAUCAAUAUCUGAGUGAGUGCAAUGUAAAUCGAUAGCAAGUUGGCGCUGAGGUCGAGUCUUUGGAUCCUUGGAAAAUUGGGAGCUCAAGGACCUAAGAGGUGAAAAUUUUGACAUGGAGCUAGAACUUUGAAGGAAUUAGAUGGCACAAAAGUGUAGCCAUGAUGAUCUUGAGCUUGAUGUGUGCAUUUUCUGAUGUUUAUUUUUUCAUUUUUUUAUUGUUUUUUUUGGGGGGGGGGGGUAAAAUAA